ACGUCGCGAAGAAGCAAGCAGUGGUACCUGACCAUGCUUGGAGCCCCAAGGCGCGUCCUUGGGUUAAUCCCCUAUAGUCUACAAAAACUGUCACCGCGGCAACUGCACCACCACGAUGUCAACAAUGGUGGCGGUGGCAAUAGUGAAAAAGAAGAGAGCUUUCGUUUCUACAAGAGCAGAGGUCAACACAUUCUCGUCAACCCUCGAAUUCUCGACACCAUCGUUCGGAGGUCCGCUAUCAAUCCCACUGACACUGUCCUCGAGAUAGGACCCGGCACCGGCAACCUCACCCUCAAGCUUCUAGAAGCCGCCCACAGGGUCGUCGCCGUCGAGAUCGACGAUCGUAUGGUACAUGUACUCGAGAAGCGCGUCCUACAACACGGCCUCCGCCACAAGCUCAACGUUAUACAAAAAGAUGCGUUGCGAAUACUAUUCCCACACUUUGAUCUCGUGGUGGCGAACAUUCCUUAUGGGAUUUCGUCACCUCUUCUGAUGAAACUGGUGUAUGGAGCAUGCCCAUUUAGGAGUGCAACUCUUCUGCUUCAGAAGGAGUUUGCUGGAAGGUUACUGGCCAAUCCCGGUGACUCUGAGUUCAACCGAUUGGCGGUGAACGUGAAGCUUGUGGCUGACGUGGAGUUUGUCAUGGAUGUUAGCAAGAGGGACUUUCUGCCAUGCCCCAAAGUUGAUUCCUCUGUUGUCAUAAUCCGCCCCAAGGAUCAGGUUCCAGAUGUUGAUAUGCGUGAGUGGAGGGCCUUCACCAGGACUUGUUUUAGCAGGAAGAACAAGACACUUGGGGCCACCUUUAAGCAAAAGUCCAAACUUUUAAGCUUGUCCAAACUGUCCAAUGUAUCUGGUUUUGCCGAAGAAGAAGAAGAAGAUGAUGAUGAUCAUGACCAUGACGAAGGGGGGUCUCAGAGGUCUUUUAAGGAAAAGAUUAUUGGGGUGCUUAAAACGGGAGGGUAUGAAGACAAACGGCCUUCCAAACUUUCUAUUGAGGAAUUGCUGCAUUUGCUCUCAUUGUUCAAUGGAGCUGGCAUAUAUUUUCAUGACUGUCGCAAGAACUCUAAUGAAGAUAGAUUUGAUGAAGAUGAUGGCUAGUGCCCCCUGGUUAGCAACUGCUCCAUGGAAUAUAGGCCUUACAUAUAUAAAGAAAAGAAAAAGAGAUUCAUAUUGAAAUCAAAGUGAAGGUCUUGAUGAUAUUAAAACCUUUGAAUUUUUGCAUUAAUGAAAGCCUGAAACUGGGUAACAAAUUCAUGCAGAGUUAUUUUCUUUAUAACGAUUCGCUAUGUUUAUUGUAGGCCUUGCAUAAUUUAUUGUAAAGUUAAACAAAUACUAAGUUUCUUCUUUCUAAGCG